CACCUGAUUCAUUCUUCCAGUGCUUGAGUUCCACUCCCACGUGACAACGUUUUUUUCCCCCUUUUCGUUUACAUACGCUGCAGGAAUAUUAACAAUCUCAGGUCGGGCAUCACCGCCACCCAGAGGGGGUCAUCGCGCGACAAGCGCAAUAUAAAUAACCUGGGGGCCGCGCUAUCAACGAGCCGAGGGAAUUAAUGGUCCCGCCGCUUCCCGUCGCGCUUGGUGCACCUAUCAGGGGCUUAUCGGCCACGUCGAAGUCGCGGCCGAUGAUCGGAAGGCCUAGUCGUAGAGCGGCGGAGUCGCUCGGCGGGCCAUACGAUACGCUAGACACGAGCGGGAACCUAAAUUUGCAAGUAUCUCUUUUUUCCGAACGGCACCUUCGGCCAGCGGUUUCAGAAGCACGAAUCGCAAUUUCGGAAGUGCGCGCGCGCCACGCACUCAUCCUUCAACGUCGGCGUCUCCGUCUCGUUCGCCGUAAGCGUCUUCGAGCAUCGGCAGUCCGCGUGCGAGCCGUUUCCCGCUCUCGGGAGCGCUCUCGAAGAGAGCGAGGAAGGACGGUCCCGCACUUUUUCACCCGUUCGAUCGCCUUCCGCGAUCCCGCGAGGUCUUUCCGAUUCGGCGGCACGGAGUUACGGGAUCCGCAGAGAGUCGAGAAGCUCGGCGAGACCUACCUGCCCUACUCGGUCUUCCUGGAGUACAUAAACGGCCUGGGCACCUCCACGUUCGCAUCGGGCACGUAUAAUCUCUUCAAACACAACUGUAAUUCUUUCACCGAGGAGGUCAGCAACUUCCUGGUGGGCAAGGGCAUUCCCAAGUUUAUCCUUGAUCUACCGGAAGAAAUAUUACAAACACCUAUCGGACAAGCUUUAGGCCCGUUGAUAGAAACAUUAAGCAGUAACGCGAGUGCUGGAUUCACAGUCGGCCAGAGAUUCGUCGAGGCGAGGAUCCAGAGGGAAGCUUCACCGGAGUAUCAACUUCUAAACACAGCCAUCGAAGAAGCAAGGUUGAAUUCGAUCGCGUUAGAGGAACGAAGGAACGUCAUUAACGAGAAGCUAGCGAAGAAAGACCGGAAGAAGAAAAAGAAGAAAAAGGAGAAGAAAGAAAAGUGCAGUAGGGAAGCCACCGGCAGCGACAGCAACAGCACCGGACCGAGCAAUUGCUGCGGAGAUAUGGCGGAGAACGAGAAUGCAGUCGGCGAAGCGCAGCAGCAGGCAGCUAAUGGGGAAAACGCGCCCACGGAGAUGCUUCCGUCUGAGCGGGUGCUACAGAUGGAGGAGGACGAGAAGCGGGAGCAAGAAGAGAAGAAACGCCGUCGAGAUCCACCGAUAGUGUUCAAGGACCUGGUGGAUGUGCGAACGGAGUAUGAAGGCUUGGUAAGCGCCCUCAAGGGGAAGUUAAACGAAGAGGAACAAAGGUGCCUGGAUGAACUGCGGCAAUAUGUCUUGGAAGACGAAGGUUCCUGGGCUUUAGGCGACAAUUUUCUGAACUUCGUUGGUCGAGUUCUCUAUGACAAAUCGUUAGACAGCGACGUGCGAGUAAAACUGUUGAACGUGCUGUCCGUCGCCGCAUUGAAGGACGAUGUGAUUUUGUUGUUGCAUCAAGACAGACGAGAGCAUAUCAUCAUGACAUACGCCUUCGAUAUCGACCGGCACCCGCUAGAGGAGCAACUUCCACUCGCACAGUUUUUGGCAAAUAUGUUCGAGAAUCUCAGCAGUUCGGAAUGGCUGCUUUACAUAUCGGAGUGGCAGCAUCAGGAUCAGAACGUCAGCAGCAACAUCAGCAACAUAAGGGUGACGACUAAGGUUGCGGUGCACUCGCUGCUUUCGAACUCGGAAGACCUGCAGAUCCGUGGCGCCGCCAUCAUCCACAAUCUUGCCUGCAAGGAGAAAAUGAACAAAAGCAAAAAUCUGCGGCGACUUUUACCGAAAGGCAGCAUUUCUAAGGUUUUCGAUGACGUCGCAGUGGAGCUGACGAUGGCGUUGCUGCAAUACUUCAACGGCAGUCCCGCGGAGGAACAGCUGUACACGUGUAUGAAGUCUCUGGCGCGUUUUACGCAGAUCAGCGGCCAAGAGGUGCCACAGCUUAUACAGAUGAUCGGACCCGAGCCGAACAAAUUCAGGGGUACCUCCCAGAGGAUCGACGAGCAGAUCGAACAAGUUAACAAGAAGCUACGCUAAAUUGUCGACCGUCUGCGAAAAUGUCGUGUUUUACAAACGCGAGAUAAAACUGGACAUGUUUCCGCUAUGGAAUGAAUUUUUACUUAGAGAUUCUAUCGAGUCAGUCACAUAUAUUAUUAUUAUUAUUAUUAUUAUUAUUAUUAUUAUUAUUAUUAUUAUUAUUUAUGAAGAUUAAUUAUAUAUUGUUGUCAUUUUAAUAUUAUUAUAUGUAUAUUACUAUUACUAGAUUACGCGAGUCGUCGCAGCGUUUCUUCAAUUUCACUUUUCACUUUUUUAUUCGACAUCUUUUCCUUUUGUAUAGAUAAUUAAAGGCUAGCGAUGCUUCACCGUUCUACGCAGAGCGGUGAAAGAUAGAAAUGAAACGCGCGUGGCGCGAUGACGUGCCCGCCAUGUGCGCGACUAUCUCCCGAUUAAAAAAUGUCUGACCGUUUAUAGAGGAUUUCGGCGCGACGAAAUCUCCAAAUUAGCUGUAUCGAGUAACGGCGUGUUGUGAACGCUUACGCACUUCACGCUCCAUCAAUUAUGUGUCUGUUCUUCGCACGAUAUAAAAAGCGAUGCGAAGACGUAAUAAAAUUUUGGCAACGAA